AACAGCCCACUGGAAUGAUACGAAUGGCCCCUGGUUUUCUCUUCUUCAAACCCCUCUCUCUCUCUUUGCUAAAACCUCCUUCCUUUUAUACCCCUUCUUCCCCUCCCCUCCCCUUUUCUUCUCCAUUCGGAGAUGCCCAUUUUGACAUCUCCUCUCAAUCUGUACUAAUCUGUACCUUCUCUCUCUCCUCCUCUUCCUCCCCUCUUUCUUCUUCGCUUUCUUCUUUUCUCUCUCUUGGGUUCUAUCCAGAUCCCCGUUUUCUUCUACCCCUUUUCCCCCAAUUUCCUUAACUGCCCACUUCAUUUCACUUUCCAAUCCCCCCUUCUCUCUGUUGCUUUAAUGGGGAUUGAGAGGUCUCUGGCUGAUCGCAAAGGGAAACAGUUUUGUGAAUUGCCUAAAGAAACUACUACGAAUAACAAGCCCAGAAAGAAUCGGCGGCGGAUGAGGAAAUCCUCCUCCCCGUUACCGGUUCAGAAACUCUAUGAAACUUGUAAGGAAGUUUUUGCUUCUAGUGGGACUGGAAUCGUUCCUUCUUCUGAAGAUAUUGAACGCCUACGAGCUGUUCUGGAUAAAAUGGAGCCAGUAGAUGUUGGGUUGUCGCCGGACAUGCCGUAUUUUUGGACGACAGCCAGUCAACAAACUCCCCCGAUAACAUAUUUGCACCUCUAUGAGAACAACAAAUUCUCUAUGGGAAUAUUUUGCUUGCCUCCUUCAGGUGUCAUUCCACUUCACAACCAUCCUGGAAUGACAGUCUUUAGCAAGCUUCUCUUUGGAACCAUGCACAUCAAGGCAUACGACUGGGCCGAGGUUGGUGCUGAGAAUGGCGCAUCUGCGUGUGUCGAUACAUCAAGUGGCACAGCUCCUUCAAGAAGUGUUCGGUUAGCCAAAGUUAAGGUAGAUGCAGACUUCACAGCACCGUGCGACUCGUCGAUUCUUUACCCUGCAGACGGAGGGAACAUGCAUUGCUUCACGGCUGUGACUGCGUGUGCAGUGUUAGAUGUGCUUGGCCCCCCUUACUCCGAUCCCGAUGGUCGGCAUUGCUCAUACUACCUUGACUUUCCCUUAUCCGAUUUUUCAGUCGAUAAUAUUUCGGUCCCCGAAGUGGAAAGGGAAAGCUACGCAUGGCUUGAAGAAAGAGAGCAACCUGAAGACUUAGCCGCAGUUGGAGCAUUGUACGAAGGGCCAAAGAUAGUAGAGACUCGAUGAACACUGCAAAAUAAUAUCUUUCAUUCCAUACAAUGCUGUCGUCAUAGACCGCUUCCAUUUCUGUGCAUUUGUUUACUUUCUACUUCCAGAAAAAAAAAAAAAAGAGAGAGAGAGAAGAAAAACAAAAGAAGCUUCUUUUAUUGAUCUUUCUUCUUUAUGAAACAUGAAUUAGGUACUUUUUCCCCCUCUUACUGUUUUCAAUCUUCUUUGUAUGUACAUAGUCAAGUUAGGAAAGGACAAGUAAAAAGGAGUUUGAAUUUGUUA